GUUUCGCGUUCCUCACCAUGUCACCAUUCCACCGCCCCUUCUCCCAGUUUCUUCCUGUUCCUCCCCAGCCCAAGCCAGCAACAAUGGGCCUAUCUGGACAACGCGCGAUUCCAGCGACUGAUGCGCAUUCUCAAGCAGUCCGCAGCCGCCAUGCAGCAUCCACGCCAGGCCUUAGAACCCCCAUGUAGAUGUGCCACUCCCCAUCCGACUGCCGGUAUGCCUCUAAACUAGUAUCGAAUUCGUCCCUAUCGUCCUGUCAGCGGCAGCCAUGGCGACGUCGCUCCUUCGCCUUGCUCCGCGAUCCACGCCCUCCUCGUCCUACCACCCGCGAUCCCACGCGCCUUCUCGUGCGCCACGGGGCGGAGUUGCCACGUCAGCGUCGCGUGUGUCGCUCCGACGCUCUCUCCCCGCGGCAUGCCUCGCCCUGCUGCUGCUCUUGCUGCUGACGACGCCGCUUCUGCGCUCCCGCUCCCGCGCUCGCUCUCGCCCACUGUCGCCGGAAGGUCUAUCGACGCAGGCACAUCCGAGCGCUGCUAUCCGCGUCGCCAGCGGUGACACCCCCGGAGGGACGGGAGGGGACGGCAGGGAGGGAGGCGGGGAAGAAAGGGAGGCAGGUGGCGAGUGUGCACACGCGAGUGGAGGGUCGUGCGGGCGGGGUGAUGUGGGCGGCAAGACGUGGCAGCCGCUGAGGGUGUAUCUGCUGCUGCUGCCGUCGCUGUACAACGUGGACCUCAUCCCCAUGGCGCAGUCGCUGCUGCCGCCAGCGGCCUUGUCCUCGCCCUCGCCGCCCUCCCCCUCCGCGGCCUGCGCCGUGCCCAUCCACUCCCCCCACGCCGUGCCGCUCUCGUGGCUGCAACCCCCCUCCUCCCGCUCCUCCCCCUCGGCCUCCUCUGCAUCUUCCCUCACUCCGGCUGCUUCCCCUGACAGCACUGCCGGCAGUGCCGGCAGCACUGGCACUGGCACUGGCAGUGGCAGCGCGCCUGGCACCCUACCGCCCCACCUGCUGCCGCUCCUAGGCACACCUGACCUGCCAGACGUGCACAUGCCCGUGUCCUUAUCGGCCGCGCCCUCGCCACCACCACCAGCAUCGCUGCCAGCAUCAGCCGCCCCUGUGGACGUGAGCGUGCCGUGCUACCCCGAGUACCCCUACUACCGCCAGCACGGGGCCGAGUACUUCCUCACGCUCUCCCUCCUCACAGGGUCGGCAACAGUUCAGCGCGUGCAGAGCCCCGAGGAGGCAGAGGUCGUCUUCGUGCCCUACUUCUCCACGCUCGCCUUCCGCACCAACGCCAGUGAGGUCCUGGACCCCAUCAUUGCUCGCGUCGCCCACCGCCACGCUGCCACAGCCGCCAGCACCACCGCCACCGCCCAAGCCACUAAUGGCACCACAGAUGACCCACCCAGCACAGACGGCACAGACACAGCUGCAAGCAGCAGUGGUGCAGGCAGCCGUGAUAGCACUGGCAGCGGUAGCCCUCCUGCCCGCGUGCCUCCGCUGGUGGUGCCGGUGGUGUACCCCCUGGCCAUGUUCAACCACACCCAACCGCUCAGCACCGCCAUCAAGCUCGCCGUCGACCUCGACCUGCACUGGACAGAGGCGGCAUCGUUCGACCGCGAUGUGGUGGUGCCGUACGUGCCCCUUGUGCUGCCCUUCACGCACGACACCGGCUCCUGGGCUGCUCGCCCGCUGCUGCUCUUCUUCCAAGGCACCACCGACAGAUGGGGGGGCGGCAUUAUUCGGCAGCACCUGCAGCACGUGCUGCAGGGGGAGGAGGGGGUGCAGUUCACGGUGUCGCGGGCCGACAACAGCAGCAUGACGGGCGAGGCGGGUGCUGCCAUGCGCCGCGCCAAGUACUGCCUCGUGCCCCGAGGUGACACCUCCUCCAGUUGUCGCCUGUUUGACGCCGUGCUCUCAGGCUGCAUCCCCGUGGUGAUAAGUGACGCCCUCGAUCCGCCCUUUGAGGACGCCAUUGACUACACCGCCUUCAGCAUCCUCAUCCCCGCUGCCCUCGCCGUGCGCCCGGGGUACAUCCUGGGUGUGCUGCACGGGCGCACAGAGGCAGCGUGGCGGCAGCAGUGGGAGGCCCUGAGAGAGGUGCGUCCAGGUGGCUCACCACUUCCUCUACUCCUCGCCCGCACGAAGAGGCGGUGCGGAGGACAUGGUGUGGCGGGCAGUGGCACGGCGGGUGAGGGGGGGGUUCUCCCCGCACUACCGGAACAAGAGGGGGCGCAUUCUACUUGGGCAGCUGGCUAGAGCAGGGCUCAAUGCGUCCCAUCUGGAACAACCCUUGCCGAACCGCCCCCCUGUGACCUUCGAUGUAUGGUAGCACGACGAUGAAAAACACUAAAAAUACACAUGCGUUACAAAA